AUUGCCACUGCCAUAAUUGCAAAAUUUAUCAAAUUAUUGGAAUAAAAAUUGAAUCAAGAGUCAUUUUUCUUCCAUUCUAGCUAUGGCCUUGGGUGGUUCGUCAGGAGGAGCCACAAUAAUGGAUCUUCAUUCAGGUGCUUUGUCCUUUAAUGACAAAUUCAUUAAUGUAUACAGUCAACAUCAAGAUAUCAAAAUAUUAACUCCAUCGGAUGCAGCUAUUUAUAAUUUUGUUAAAAAAAAGAUUCAGGAGGCAAUUGCCGAGGCUUUCGAAAUAGAGUCCACCAGCUUUCAUCUUACACAUCCAACAUUUUUCUCUAGACUAACAAAUGUUGAGCCAACAACUGUACAUGAUGAGUAUUGGCAUCAGCAUGUCGAUAAGAUCACUUAUGAGUCGUUCCACUACACUUCAUUACUUUACUUGAAUGACUACGCGAAAGACUUUCAAGGUGGCCGAUUUGUAUUCACAGAUGACAUAUCGAAACCUACUAAAAAUACCACAGUUGAACCAAGAAAGGGAAGAGUAUUGAUGUUCACUUCUGGGUCAGAAAAUCCCCAUUAUGUAGAAAGGGUAACCAAAGGAUCCAGAUUUGCAAUUACUGUAUCAUUCACUUGUGAUAGUUCCAAAGCAAUUAAGGACCCCGAACCAAAGUGACAUUACCUUAUAUAAUUCAGUGGAAAUAUGAAGUCAAAUGAUAACAUUCCAAUCCAAUUUUUUUCUUGUCCAUCGUCAUUAUCAAAUCAUCUUUUUGUAUGUUUUUAACUUGUAAUUAUUAUCCAUUGAUAUUCUCAUAUGCCUUAUAUAUGUUCAAUAUUCAUAUCUAUAGUUAAUUAUAGCAUAAAUAUAUAAUAUGAUGUAGUAGGCCAAAUUGAAGGAUGAGGAUGUGAAUAAAUUAUUGAUUUUGAAAACGA